UUGAACAAGUUCAUUUGCAGAAAAAGCGCAAAGACUGUUUUUUGCCCUUGCCAAACCCAAACAUGUGAAUUCUCUUGCUAUGAAGAUGUGUUACAAGGCCAUUUUUAUUCAUCUACAUAUAUCGUAUGGGUUGGAUCUAAAGCUUUUACUUUCCAAUAACUUCGGAGGACAUAUUUCAGGAAGACGACUGGACUAGUUUUUAAGAACGCCUCAAGAAGAACCUCAUCACCUAAAGAAAAACACCAUCUCUCAAAGGACAGGUGCAUCGACAAUGUCAACAGGUUCACUGAGCGACGCCGAGGACAUCCAAGAAUUACCUGCUUUACAGCUGUCUGGGCAGAGAAGACGGGCCAAGUCCGACAUGACCUCAGAUGCACUUCUCAACUCCGCAGACAACUCUGAAGACGAAUUCUCCAUAGACGACCGUUACGAGGGGAAGGUCAAACGGCUCAAGUCUCGCGCUAACAACAAACAUCUGAAAAGCCAUUCGGAUGGUCGCCAGUCACAAAGAAACGCGGCAAACGCCAGGGAGAGGGCACGUAUGCGUGUUCUGAGCAAAGCCUUCUCGAGACUGAAAACGAGUUUGCCGUGGGUACCGGCGGACACCAAACUCUCGAAACUGGACACGUUACGGCUAGCCUCGAGCUACAUCUCCCACCUGCGCCAGCUCCUGCAGGAGGACCGUUAUGAAAACAGUUUUGUUCAUCCGGUAAAUUUGACUUGGCCCUUUGCUGUUCCGGGGAGACCAGAUGACCCUAAAGAGAUGGCCUCAGGGACCAGACUGUGCGGGACCACUGCAUGAGGAAUGACCACCGGAGACACAACUCAGAUAACUGGACAA